AUGGUGGUCAAGAUGAUGAGGUGGCGGCCGUGGCCACCUCUCGUCACCAGAAACUAUCACGUCAGACUAACCGUGAACAAACUCACGGGAUGUCAUCUAUUACGUCAUUCUUGUUCCCGAUUAACGGUUGAGAUUAAAUGGAAAGGCUCUAAGUCCUCAUCACUCGCUUCGUUACGACGGAGCUCCGUCGCCAGAAAUUUUACGAAAGAGGCUGUUGUUGAAUGUGACGGCGGCGAUCACGGUGGUUUUGUUGUUAAUUUUGAUGAGGAGUUUCAGAAAUUUUGUAAUCUGAAUGGGUACAAAGAUAAUGUUGUUCAUCCCUGGGAAAUCGCUUUCAGAAUCUUUAAUGGAUUGAAUGAAAAGCCAAAGAAAAAGAGGGUUGUUGUUGGAACUGCUUUGUUGAAUAUUGCAGAAUUUGCAAAUUCAAAUGAUGAAAAUGGUUUUGAUUUGAAUAUUGCAGAAUUUGCAAAUUCAAAUGAUGAAAAUGGUUUUGAUUUGAAUAUUCCAGUCACAAUACCUGGAGGUUCUUCACAGCAUUCUCCUUCACUUUGUAUAUCAAUUAGUUUGAUGGAGGUAAGAGGUGCUCAAGAAAAAACACUGUCAGUGCAUAGAUCGGUAGUCCCUGUGUCGUCGCCGCAGGCUGAAUCGGGAGAUAGCAUGAUUACAGAGAAAGAGGUUCUUUCUGCAAGUAAAGGUGGAUUUUGGAAAGUGAAGUCUUUCACAGAAUUUGUAUCUUCAAGGAAGUCACAGAAGCCGUGUCGAGGGGAAGAGAGAAGUACUGAUAGCAAGUGCUCUGGGAGUGGGGAUGUUAAUCCUAGUUAUGCUGUAGAUUCUGGCUCUCUUGAUGAUUUUGGAGGAGAUCCGGACGAGGGGAAUGAGGAUUCAUUUGUUGGGAAUUCUGGUUAUGGAACAUUGGCGUCUGCGAAUGCUGGAGGAUCACAUUCAUAUUAUUCCAACACGAAGGUGAAUUGUGAUGACGGCGAUUGGGUUUACUAUAGCUACCGCAUGCCUGAUGCUGGGCCUUCAGAAAUGGAGGAUUCAACCGUGUCUUCUUCGGAGUCUUAUUUAUCACAAAGUAUAAAACGUAGCAUACUUCCAUGGCGGAAGAGGAAGUUAAGUUUCAGAUCUUCUAAGGGUGUUAAGGGAGAGCCACUGAUAAAAAAAGAUUAUGCCGAAGAUGGCGGAGACGACAUAGAUUUUGAUCGCCGACAGCUUAGCUCUGAUGAAUCAUUCUCUUCGAAGUCUCUCAAGACUGAGGAUAAUUGGUGCUCUGAAUUUGGAGAUGAUAUGUUUGUUGUUGGAAAAUGGGAGCAGAAAGAGAUCACAAGCCGUGAUGGUCACAUGAAGCUUGAGACACAAGUCUUCUUUGCCUCAAUCGACCAACGCAAUGAACGUGCGGCAGGCGAGAGUGCAUGCACGGUUCUCGUUGCAGUAAUUGCUGAUUGGUUCCAGAACUGUCACGAUCACAUGCCCCUAAAGUCCCAGUUCGACACUCUAAUUCGAGAUGGCUCCUUAGAAUGGAGGAACCUAUGCGAAAACGAAACGUAUAGAAACAGGUUCCCUGACGGGCAUUUCGAUCUUGAAACAGUCAUUGAAGCAAAAAUACGUCCGCUUUCUGUUGUUCCCGGCAAGUCCUUCAUUGGUUUCUUUCAUCCAGAAGGAAUGGACGAGGAGAGAUUUGAGUUUCUUCGUGGCUCAAUGUCUUUCGACAACAUUUGGGACGAGAUCAGCGGUUCAGAACACGAGUGGCUUAGCAAUGGCGAACCUCACCUCUUUAUUGUGAGUUGGAAUGACCAUUUUUUCAUUCUCAAAGUCGAAUCCGACUGUUACUACAUCAUAGACACAUUGGGAGAGAGGCUUUACGAAGGAUGCAAUCAAGCAUAUAUCCUUAAAUUCGACAGCAACACAGUAAUACACAAAACACAAAAUGUUGCUCAAUCAUCAUCAGACAAUAAAACCACCGGUGGUGAUCGGCAAACUGUUGCGCAAGUAUUUGAGCGCAAUAACAAGUCAGAACAACAAGUUAACAACGGUAACGAGGUUGAUUCUAUCGUAGAGCAAGAAGACAACGAGGUUGUGUGUCGAGGCAAGGAAGCAUGCAAAGAGUACAUCAAGAGUUUCCUGGCUGCAAUUCCUAUCAGAGAAUUGCAAGUUGAUAUAACAAAAAACAACAUCACAUUUUCGCCUCAUCAGAGACUACAAAUCGAGUUGCACUACACUCAACUGUUACAGUCUUGUUUAUCAACCCCUGUGGCGGAAGCAACCGUGGCUGCAGCUGAAACACCUGUGGCGGAAGCAACCGUGGGUGCAGCGGAAACACCUGUGGCGGAAGCAACCGUGGCUGCAGCAGACACACUUGCUCUUGCAAUAAAUGAGAUUUCUACAUAA